AUGGUGCUCGCUACAACAUCGACCCCAUUGAGACCACUACCUCCAAAAAUCAGCGAUUACAUAUUACAAGUUUUUUUUUUACUCAAAUGCAAGAACGAAAAAGUUUUUUUCAGUGCGAGGCUUUUCCAGCCCGAAAUAACUAUAACAAAAGUAAUGGCUUUUCAACCCCUUUGGAGCGUGCUGGAAGUCAAAACUCGGACCCAGAAUCGAGUCAGCCGAGUGACCGAUAUGUAAGUUUGUAAGAUGCUUGUCCGAAAAAUCCUUUUAUAAGGUCAAAUUGAACAUCUUCUAUUUGGUCUCCAUGACUUUUGCUUCGAUUUGCUUCGCAUUUCUCGCAAUUUUAUUCGCCUAUCGGCCCGAUCCGAUUCACAGACAGGGAAAACUAGGAACCACGUCUUAUAAUAACUAUGUAGUGAGUAAUGUUUCAAAAAAAUUAUCUCAUUUCGUUAUUAGUAGAACAUUCUACGCGAUAUAUUGCACUGCCUGGACAUUUCAAUCGUCAUUUUCUCUACAGCCACAUUUUUCACCAACUUACUUCAACUUUUAUUCAUUUUGAAGUUUGCCAAGCGCUCUCCUCCAUCCCUGUGAGUUUUAUUAUUUAAAAAAGGAACCAAAAUUUGUUUCUAGAUGUCGCAAGUACAUCCGGAAAACGAGUUUCCUACGAGUCGUAACCUACUCUUUUUGGUUCUUCUCUGUGAUUGCUUUCAUGGCAGGUAUAUAAAACUUUCACAAAUACUUUCCACCACUAAAAUUAUUCUUCAGCUGUACUGAUCACAUGCAUGAUUGACAACACCCGUUCGUUGGCUUCAAGAUGCGUUGGAGUAACGCUCGGAGUAUCGGCCAUCUUUCUGUGCUUCGCCGCGGUUUUCUUCACCAUACGCUACUGGAGUUCUCACGUUUAUCGUACCCGUUACGAUCCGAGAUACGACCAUCUAUCUACUUUGGUGUAAUAACUUCAAAUUUUCUUAUCAGGAAUAUGUUGUCUUCCACCCUAUACAAAAACGUUUUAUUGGAAAAUUGAGAGGUUCGAAAAACAUUGAACCAGGUCAAAAUUUGAACCGCGAAAAAGUUCGUUAGGAUGCACAUGUUCCUGUCGAUUAUGAUCUAUACAACUUUCGUUCUUCAAAAAUUUUUGAAUUAAAAUUUGUUGAUUGAUCUACGUGUAAAAAACAUGAAUAACUUCUCAAAAUUCUGUAAUUUAUUCUCUUCAUUUGUUUUGUUUCCAAUAGGUAAUUUUUUUCUCACGUCUUUUUCAUUUUUCAUUUUCAUUUCACUAUCGCUUCUGAACAAAAUGAAACAAAUAAAUCCUUCUCAUCCUAACGUGUUUCAACUAAAAAUAGCGAGCGACGCGGCUCGCGUCGCGGUCAACUUCCAGCGUAGCAACGCAUAUAAAUAUCGCAUCAGCUUCCGUAUAUGCAUCUUCACACUUAAAAGUGCAACAGUUUUGUCGUUCUUUUUUCGAAUCAUUUUUUAAUUUCUCAUUCUUUCGUUAUAAACUAAUAAAAAAAAGCUAUUUCUUUUCUAAUAUACAGAUGGUGGAGCUCGGAGGAAACACACCUUUCCGGCAGUCUUUCGAUAACUACGUCUUCAUAAUCCCAGCUGUUGCCGUGGUUAUCUUAGUUGGUUCGUUGAUUUUCUUUUCUCGUUACUUGGAUAAGUGUAACAAAUUUGACUUUUUUUCGGAAAAAGGAUUUUGUGCGUUCAGUGUCAUCAUUUAAAAGAAAAUAAAUCUGAAGACGGUCCGGAAAUUCUUGCGAGGGUCUUCAAAAAAAAUUUGUAUCUUAUCGACAUAUUAUUGAAUUUCUGUAUUAUAUAAAAUUAUUCUUCGAACUUUUUUUCCUGAUUUGAAACAAAGAAACAUUCUUACUUUUUUUCAGCUUACGUUGUACUCAAACUGAAAGAAACGACGCAGUCGAAGGAAAAAAACGGAAGGAAGUGA